AUGGUGCAGCUUUCGCUUUCUGUACAUCUAAGUGCGUCAAUGCGUAAUGGGCUCUUUUAUUUUUGCUCUGCUUUUAUUUUCUUCCAGCUGACCCGUAGAUUACGGACGAUGGCGUUUCUGCCCCGCUGGGGGAAGCACGUCCCCGUUUUUCUGCAGGAAAGCGCGGCGCAGAGGUCGCCGUCCAGGGUGGCUGCGGCUUCUCGUUCGGCCUCGGCGGGCGCUGCGUGGUUUCUUCUCGCCGCCCAGGCUCUUGUCGCGGUCGUGCUGCUGCGUUGGGCCUCCAUGGAUCUCGCCGGCGCGAUCCCCCUCGUCGUGCUGGCCGUCGCCUUUAACGCUGCGAUGGUGUGGAAUUGGGUCGCCGAUCCCGGCUUCGUCGAGGACUCCGUGGAGCCGAGCACUGAGGAGGAACGCUCCCUUUUGCACUGGUGCCGCAAGUGUCGUCUGUGGCAGCCGUUGCGCGCCAAGCACUGCGAGCGCUGCGAGCGGUGUGUGCGGAAGUACGACCACCACUGUUUCUGGAUAGGGGGCUGCGUUGGGGAGGCGAACCACCCACGGUUCUUUCUCCUCCUCACUGUCGCGCUGGCGUACCUGCUGUGUCUGGUGCCCAAGUUUUUAAGAUGCUUCGACCUUCGCGGCCCGGCAACCCUGAACGACGCCGUGCUCCGCAACAUUGUCCCUUUUGCGCUGCUGGUUGUGGGUGGUUUCAUGUUCUGCCUGGUGGCUGUGCUGUGGGCGAUGCAUGCUGUGUUGCUGGCCAGGAACCAGACAACGUGGGAGUUCGCCAGUCGCUACCGCAUCACGUACCUUUGCUCGCGGCGGGGCAACCCCUUUGACCGCGGUUUUUUUUGA